AUGGCUGCCAAGACGGGCACGGACGAGAUGCGGGACCGCGUGGUGUUGAGCGAGUUUGGAGUCCGCAACGUCCACACCACCGAUUUCCCCGGCAACUACCCCGGCUAUGAGGACGCCUGGGACCAGCGGCGCUUCGAGGAGGCUUUCCGCGUGGACAUAAUCCGCGAGGAGGAGGGCGUGCUGGAGUUCGACAUGGUGGGCAUCGACGCCGCCAUCGCCAACGCCUUCCGCCGAAUCCUGCUCGCCGAGGUGCCAACGAUGGCUGUAGAGAAAGUCUUUGUGUACAACAAUACAUCCAUUGUACAGGAUGAAAUUCUGGCUCAUCGUUUGGGCCUCAUCCCUAUUCGAGCUGACCCUCGACUCUUCGAAUAUAGAAACCAAGGAGAUGAAGAAGGCACAGAAAUUGAUACUCUGCAGUUCCAGCUGAAAAUAAAAUGCAGCCGAAACCCUCAGGCAGCCAAGGAAUCAUCUGAUCCUAAUGAACUGUAUUUCAAUCACAAAGUAUACAGCAAGCAUAUGACAUGGAUGCCCUUGGGGAACCAGACAGACCUCUUUCCAGAUGCUGACUUCCGACCUGUUCACGAUGACAUCCUCAUUGCACUGCUGCGACCUGGCCAGGAAAUAGAUGUGCUUAUGCACUGUGUCAAGGGUAUAGGUAAAGAUCAUGCCAAGUUUUCUCCUGUGGCCACAGCUAGUUAUCGACUGCUUCCUGACAUUACUCUCCUGCAGCCUGUUGAGGAUGAGGCAGCUGAGAAGUUGCAGAACUGCUUUUCCCCUGGAGUCAUUGAGAUCCAGCAUAUCAAGGGAAAAAAGGUGGCAAGAGUAGCCAAUGCACGCUUGGACACAUUCAGCAGAGAAGUUUUCCGUCAUGAGGGUCUAAAAAACCUUGUGCGCCUGGCAAGAGUACGAAACCAUUAUAUCUUUUCAGUGGAGUCGACUGGCAUCUUGCCUCCAGAUGUGCUGGUGAGCGAAGCCAUCAAGAUCUUGAUGGGAAAGUGUCAGCGCUUCCUGAAUGAGGUGGACUCUGUGCCUAUGGAGUAACUAGGCUAUGGUUGUAACUGGGAAACAUAUCCCUGCACUGUUCUGGACUUCCUACACCUGCCUGCAGGGGCAAUGCCUCUUGCAUAGGCAAGAGGUUUGAGCCGGGCUUGUCGUAGGACCAUCUCUUUGAAUUUGUUUUCUGUUGUUUUCAGUGAGGAGAUGCACUAA